AUGGGCUCGCGCAUCCUCAUCAUCUCACUCAUGGUCUUGUCGUUGGCGUUCGCCGUCAAACUUUCAACUUCAGAAGAAGAAUCAAAGCCAGAGUUUGCAUUUAGUUGGUUGGACGACAAGGACACGUUUAAAGCCGGUGAAAUAGCGACCAUAAAGAUCAAACUACUCAACAACUUCGACAAGCUAGACAAGAAUGCUUUUAAUCUCACUCUUUCUGUGAACGACAAGACUGGAAAUAGCUCUUACGUAUCUGGGGUUCUCACAGAUGUUCAAGGCAAUUCUGAUGAUUGGAAGAUUUUCUUUACCACCAUAACAGCCGGCUUAUUCAAUGUCAUGAUCAACGAGGAUAAUCAUCAAGUUUUUGAUUCUUCACUUCAUUUCCAAGUUGAACCAGGGAGAAUUUACCCAUCUGUUUGUGUUGCUUCGUGGAUGGAUUACAUCAAUGAGUUUGAAGCUGGGACAAUUGCUAGACUUGGGAUACUUCCAAAAGAUGCGUUUGGGAAUAAUGUCACUUCUUCAAGUACUAGUGAAGACCUGAGUGUUCUUAACUUCACUCUCUCAGCAUUAUAUCCAAAUAACGGUUCCAUUGCCGGUUUGCUAAACAUCACCAGCAUUGGUUGGAAUGGACUUGGUGGUUAUAUCAGCGUUGACUUUAUUGUGGUCAAAGCUGGAAACUUCUUCUUGCUUGUGCAGGGUCAAAACCAGACCUUGAUUGGAAAUCCCCUUGCUUUUAAGGUGAAUCCAGGGCCUCUAGAAGUUUCCAAUUGCAUGGCGAAAUGGAACUACGAACCAAAUGCGUGGCAAUUAUUUUCCAAGAUGGAGCUCUUCAUACACCAGCAAGAUGAGUACGGAAAUCUGGUUCCAGGACUGUAUGAGUUUGACGCUGAAGUAGUUGAAAAAGAGACAAAUUUGUCCAUACCUGUGCCAGAUUUGUACUUUGAGGAAGUAAUGCCUGGAAUUCAACUCUUUUCAUUCAGCAAUCUGGAACCAGGAAACUUCUUGCUCAAGAUAUCUGACAGCAAACACAACAAAAGUAUCUCCAACAUGCCAUAUGCUUACGCUGUCUUUGUAGGUUAUUGCAAUGGCUCAAACAGUGUUGUCAAUGGAUCUGGUUUAAACAACUCCAUUGCCGGAGCAAUGUCAGAGUUCUCAGUUUAUUUGAGAGACAGUUAUCAAUAUUCUUCUCCUGUAGAAGUGGAAAGGCUUCAAGUGCAAAUCGUACGCGAAAUCGAUUCCUAUAACAUACUUCCAAGAAUAACACCUAUGCAGUUUAUCAAUGAUAGUGCAAUUUCUGAGAGAGUGAGAUUUGAAGCAAAUGGAGAAACAGAAGUUGCUCCUUCACCAUCUGUGGACCUAACUAAUCGUUCUGUUGAAAACUCAAGCCUUCUAGCCACUGCUUUUAAUGUCGUUUACACGCCUGACAAGAGUGGGAUUUACGGGCUUCAUGUAUAUUGUGGGAAUAUUCUGCUCAAUGAUGGUCAUCCAUAUACUAAGGAAGUAAUGCCAGGUGCGGUUAACACAUCCCUUUCUGGGGUUGUCAAAUUUUCUCCCAAGGUCCCAAAGCUGGUUAAGAAUGAAGUAGUAGUGCAGCUUGUGGAUUCUUUCAAUAACCCUGUCAUGUCACAACAAACCAGGCUCAAACUAGAGGUUACUCCAAUGAAGAACACUUCAAGUUUUUCAAAUUUGCUGUUUGUUGAUAACAAUGACGGGUCAUACAUGGGUCAUUAUGUGGCCGAAGAUAUUGGGACAUAUCAAAUUUGUGCUUCCUUUGAUGACAAACGUCUCUCUCCCUGUCCUUUUGAGGUCAAUGUCUAUAGCAGUGAAUAUUUUCCUAAAGCCUUCGAUGAUAAAAUAUUCGUUUGGGAGGAUGAAUCGAUCGCUUUUGAUGCUUUGGCAAAUGAUUUCUUUGCUGGUGACAAUGCAAGUAUCCUUGAAUUCUCACAACCAAGUCAUGGUUCACUUCUCCAAUAUGGAAGGCUGCUCAGAUACACACCUCAUAAAGAUUACUAUGGAAAUGUCUCUUUUACAUACAUUAUGUCAGAUAUAAAUGGUAACAUUGCUAGUGCUAGUGUAAACAUAUCUGUUCUCACAAUCCCACCUCAGUUUGUUUCCUUCCCAAGUCAAUUGAAAGCAACAGAAGAUGAAAUCAGUCCAAGAUUUGGUGGUUUCUCUGGCUUUGAGUUAAGAUAUUCAGAUGUGAGUGAGAACAUAUCUGUCAAUCUUAGUGCACAAUCUGGGACUGUAUCCCUCUCUCCCAUCCUAAUGCAAUUUUGGCUCCUAAGUAGCAAACUUUCUAUAUACAAAGGGGAUGGAGAAGUGAAGAGUUUGGUCUUGCAAGGCACCGUGGAAGUAGUCAAUUUUGCCCUCAAGUCAAUCCAAUAUUUUGGCAAUGAGAACUUCUUCGGUGGUGAUGCAAUAAGACUUUCUACAAGAAACACUAAUGGAGUAAAUAACUUGGAUGUUCCCCUUUUUGUGGAUCCUAUUAAUGAUCCUCCUUUUAUUCAUGUUCCUGAAUUUAUUAUUCUGAAGAGUAAUGAAGAUGAGUCUCUUAUAUAUGACCCAGAAAGAGACAAGUUUGAGUUUUCCAUUGGAGACCCAGAUCUUGAUGACUUCUCUGGUGAUAACUCUUUUUUCUUGGUUACAUUUUCUGUGGAAGUUGAUAACGGAUUCUUGGCAACAAGUCUACCAGCUGAGCUCAUAAACACUACUGAACUCAGGACCAUGAAUAGCUAUCAGUGGCAACCUCUUCAGACAUAUGUUACCAUCUCACAACAUUUUACUGUCAAAGCCAAUGGGAUUAGAUUCCGGGGAACAAUUAAUGACUGCAAUGGUGUAAUGAAACAGCUGUUUUAUUCUGGUGUAGAACAAGGCACAGUCUUGACAGUGACAGUAAAUGACAUGGGAAACUAUGGUUUUUACCCAGAUUGUUCAGAAAUGGUGUCAGUCCCUUUAUAUACAGAGGCUUCUAUUAAUCUAAUCAGAAGAAGGCCAAUGAGUUCAUUUGUAUCCCAUUCCUUAGGAUCAGCAAUUGUGAUUGAAUCCAUCACCGUGCUUGCUCUUGGAGCUGUACUUUUAUCUUUUACGUGCAAAUGUGCACUUGUUCUGGUCCAUGAAAGAAGAAGAAAUAAUGCUAUUAUCACUACGACACCUGAGGCAUCUCCUACGGAGGCUUCCAACAAAGCAAGUGUAAUAACAAAGACAAAGGACUUGACCUCAACCGGAAAUACAGUUUCUCGCUUGGUAACCAAGAUUAGAUAG